AAGGUCAUCUUAUGGAUUAAAUUAAAUUCAAAUUAAAAAAUAAUUUGACAACAAAUCCUUCAAUAUUUUUUCAUUUUGAUUUUCUGUUACAAGGAGUAAUAAAUUAAAACACACGUUUUAUUAUCUAACUGUAGAAUGUUUUUACUGAAAAGUGCAUUAAGAUCGAUACGCUCUCGUGGUAUAAGCACCAGCAGCGUCGUCUACGAUGCACGCAGUUUAGCGAAAUUGAAAAAAAUGCAAGCGGAAUAUCAGUGUGAAGAUGGGAGGGAAAUAUGGUUAAAGGCCGGGUUUAGAGAUCGCUUACUGUACGCCUUGACCAUAAUUUGUUGCUAUACUGGAGUUAUGAUGACGUUAUCGACAGUCUACGAUCACGCAAAACCCCCCUCAUGGAAAAGUAAGCCAUGUUGAAUUAAACAAGAAUCGUACAUUUAAAUUUUUCUGUGCAAAUACUUGAAUUUAAAUAAACGAUUUAACCGUUGGAUAUUCCCGAAUUGUAUUAUUUCGUGAAUGACUACAUCCAUUUAGGGCCGGUCCAUACAUGCAA